AUGUUGGGUCAAAAGUCUAUCAAGGUCAAUGGCGCCGACUGUGGUAUAGAAUCCAUCCUGUUGGGUGUGAUUACGUCCAUUGGUGGCUUCCUUUUCGGAUACGAUACAGGUCAAAUUAGUUCUAUGCUCCUGUUCGAAGACUUCAAGGAUCGAUUCGCUCAAGGUCCUGAGGGCAACAAGGAAUGGAACGCUUACAUCCAAUCUAUUCUUGUUAGUCUCAUGAGUAUUGGUAGUUUGAUCGGCGCUCUCUCUGGUGCUUAUACCGCUGAUUGGUGGGGUCGACGAAAGAGUAUGACAUUCGGAGUCGCUGUCUUCAUCAUUGGUAAUGUCAUUCAGAUUACGGCGAUGGAGUCUUGGGUUCAUAUGAUGAUGGGUCGAUUCAUCGCUGGUUUGGGUGUCGGUAACCUGUCUGUCGGUGUCCCCAUGUUCCAGUCCGAAUGUGCUCCUCGAGAAAUCCGCGGUGCCGUUGUUGCCUCUUACCAGCUCAUGAUCACCAUCGGUAUUCUCAUCUCCAACAUAGCAUGUUACGGUUUCAAGAGGAUGGACACCAGCAGCGCCUCUUGGCGAAUUGUCAUCGGCCUUGGCAUCCUUUUCUCUCUUCCUCUCGGCCUCGGUAUCCUUGUCGUCCCAGAGUCUCCUAGAUGGCUUGCUUCUCGGGGCGACUGGGAAGGCGCUCAAAUAGCAUUGGGUCGUCUUCGUGGUAUGAAGCACAACCUUGACCACCCUCUUGUCCAGGAUGACCUCAAGGAAAUGAAGGACAUUCUCGAGAAGGAGCGACAAGUCGGCCAAGGUAGCUGGGGCGAAUGCUUCAACCCCCGAAGCAACAUUCCCAAGCUUCUUUGGCGAACAUUCCUCGGUUUCUUCAUUCACUUCCUCCAACAGUGGACCGGUGUCAACUACUUUUUCUACUACGGUGCCUCCAUUUUCGAGUCGGCUGGUAUCGAGGACCCUAUCCAGACCCAGCUUAUUCUGGGUGCUGUGAAUGUCGCCACUACUUUCAUGGGUCUCUGGUUCGUCGAGAGAUUCGGUCGUCGCUGGCCCCUAUUCAUUGGUGCUCUCUGGCAAGCCGGAUGGCUCUGCGUCUUCGCGUCUGUUGGCACUGCCAUCGACCCCCAGAGCAGCCCAGCCGUUGGCAUCGUUCUCAUUGUCUGCGCUUGUAUGUUCAUCGCUUCUUUCGCCAGUACUUGGGGCCCUAUGGCUUGGGUCGUUAUCGGCGAAACUUUCCCUCUACGAACUCGCGCAAAGCAAGCUUCUAUUGCUACCGCCGGUAACUGGCUCGGAAACUUCAUGAUUGCUUUCCUUACCCCCAUUGCGACCAGAGGCAUUGCUUACAGCUACGGCUUCGUCUUUGUCGGAACCAACCUGGCGGCUGCCCUUCUCGUCUGGUUCUUCCUUUUCGAGUCUCGCGCUCUCAGUCUGGAGAAUGUCGAUCUCAUGUACGGCCAAGAGGGCCUCAAGCCUUGGAACAGUCACAAGUGGGUGCCUCCGGGAUACAUCACCCGAGAGCAGCGAGACGACUCUCACUUCCACGGCGGCCAGGAGAAGCCCAGGAACAGCGAGUCACACUCUGGCGAGGAUUCCAGAGUCGAGUCUGUUAUUGCUUAA